UCACGCCCUCCUCACGCCCUCCCCACUCUCCCCACUCUCCCCAUCUACUUCACCUUUUUAUAUUGCUUCGCCUCUUUCCAGUUUUCGACUCGAUUCCUGCCAUCCGAUUCCAGGACAAUUCUUUGAUCUCAGACUCAUCAGACUUGCUUUGCAUCCCAACUGUAUCAGGUCUGCGCUUCUGUGAUAGCGCUGCCAUCGACAGAACUAUUUUUUUCCACAUACGGCUCUCCUGGGCAGGAUAACGAUAUAUUCUACACAUAACAGGCUUUCAGGACAGCAGAGCUGGCUUCGCACGCGAUGUACGACUUUAUGGAGUACUGCCUCAGGCGGUACUAUCGUGCCUCUGGCUGGAACGAAGAUAACCAAUAUUCACAUCUGUGCGCAACCUCGCGUGCGCUACUGGAUUUUCAAGCACCACAGGGAAUAUCCCUGCGUCUUUCAAAGCUCCCGAGCUCAGUAUUCAAGACGACGACGACGAUGAACGCGCUUCCGGUCCUGGAGGGGUCUGUUGGGUACUUGUUUACGUCGAGGGCGCUGAUGAUCGAUGACUCUGCGUCGGUGAGGUUUCGACAUUUGGUGGAUCGGUUCCGGAUUAUUUGUUUGGAUCAUUCGAUUCGGGAGGCAGAUCAGUGGACGGAGUAUGAUCAGGAUGGGAAGAAACGGAAAGAUUAUUUGCUGUGCGGAAGGAUGAAUUUGGCGAAUGCGAGACUGGAGGCGUUGUAUAGUCGACGGAUUUCGAAGCAUCGACAAUAUGUGAUCUCGGGAAUUAGUGAUCCAGCCUCCAGGAGUGCAUCCCAUCUUUCGGCACAAUUCCAAUACGACAAGGGGAAAUACUGUGCAGAGAUGUCGUUUACAACGGACGAUGGAUUGAUCGGGAUCCGAGGACUGUACAAUUUCGGACGGGAUUUCGAUGAUUCUUACGAGGGCAUGUUAAACGAAGGACGACAGCGGCGUCGGCGAGGAAAGCAGACGGAGGAGAUUUUGUUGAAUAAUCAGGAUAGUGCGUCAAUUGAUCUGGAACAGGAGUUUGAAACGCCUACUGCUGCUACUACUGGGGUGGUGGAUAAGGUUUCUGAGGCGGCCAGUUCGACAGCGACGUUGGAUUUGUUGGAUAAUAAGAAAGUAGAAGAGGCGAGGAAGAAGAGACUGAAAAGUGAUGAGAGAGCGGGGUAUUUGGGCGAGGAGACAGCGGUGGAGGGGGAAGAAUGGGCAACGGCUCCGGCGGAGAGGAUUCGUGGGUAUUGGUCAGCAGGCGCUGAGAUCUAUUACAGUGCGACCGAAAAACUUGGAGGCCUGUCAACAGGUCUGCGGUACAGGACACUUCCACCUUUGGCGCCUAUCGCUACAGAAUCUGAUGAGGACAACGCUUCAACAACCACAGUAACACCUCGGUACCCGACCUCGACGUCUCCAGAGCAUCAUCAAAAUUAUAUCCCGAUCACGAUCACUCAAACCCUGAAUCCGAUCAUGGGACAUGUCUCGAGUAGUUAUGCCGCACAAGUUCAUCCGGAUCUGGGGCUGUGCUCGCGGUUCGAUUUUAACCUGUACAGUUAUGACAGUGAGCUGACGGCCGGUGUCGAGUGGUGGAUCCGGGAGCGGAAAUCGGCUUCUUCAUCUUCGGCUUCAGCAGCGGACCACAAGGGGGAUGAGAUCCCGUUCCCGAAAACUGUGGGCGUACCAGACUUGCCAACGACAACUUCUGGUGGGAAGACUCUGGGAGGAGACGCGGAGGAGAAGCAGCCGAUUGUCGGGGUGAUCAAGGCGCGCUUAGGGGCACAAUCUGGACUGGCCAUUAUGUGGGAGGGCAGGUUUAAUAAGUUGUUGUUCAGUCUCGGAUUCGUCGGGCAUGUGUUCUCGCCGUAUGCCCAGGCCCCGAUAGUAAAAUCUGUGGGGUUGGAGAUCCAGUAUUUUUCGUAAAGCAACGAAUGCCGUUUUUUCUUUUUUUUUCUUUUUUUUCUUUUGAUGCUCGAUAGUUUUAUAAAAACUAUAGUAAUAAUAGAUACAUUAUUAG